GUGAUUGGUCGCCACGGCCCCGAUGCCUCGCGUUCUGAAUUUAAAAUAGUCGCGAUCGAGUUCAUUGUGAGAGUUGAUGUCAGUUCAUCGCUGCAUGUUUUUGUUUAAAACCUUUAUGCGAGAUUAUUUUACCGAAUCAUGAGAAGGCUAGAAUCCUGCCAGCAACAAUUGUUAAUUUAACCUGAAGAAAAAUGGAAAUAAAGUUAUCAUCAAUGCACAUUUUUUUAAGACAACUAGUCUUGAGUAAUAAUUUGAUGUUGUCUAUUAAAUCGAGAGCAAAAUGAAAAUUAAACAUUACCCAGGAAAAGCGGUCAUGGAGGAUCCGUGGCUUUCUAUCACUGAUCGGACUAUGGAUCUUGUAUAUGCUGCAAAUUGGGUUGGAGCAAGAAAUCUGAGUUCAUACGAUGAAAACAAAAGCAGCUCGAAUUCUUCAACCAAGUAUAAUAGUAUAUCCAGAAGUAAGUCAUGCCGAGACGUAGGUCGCACUAAUGAUAGAGAUUAUGAUAGCAAACCCUUCUCCGCUGAAGACAACGGUUAUAAUUAUUCUCACAAUAGUCCAAAUGGAAAUAUUUCUCAAUUAGCAAAAUAUCAACAAAACAUAGAAGAAAAAUCAAGAGCUAAUAAUAACCUUAUUAGUCAAAAUAAAUUGAAACAUAGUUACAGUUUUAAAGAUAUGCCUAAUGGAUAUAAACCGUCAACUUUAAGGCGAGUUAAGCGAAGGAAUUUUACUGAAUGGGACAUUGAAUCAUUUGGUAGUAAACAAGCCCCUGUACCUCCACAGCGGAGGGAUUCACUUAAAUAUGCCCAUCGACAAAGAAAGGCUGAUUCAAAGAAAAAUCACUAUCCACUGCCUGAUCCUGGCCCAGUGCCGCCGGAUCCGUCAUCUGAAUCAUACUAUGAAUAUUAUUCAAGAGUCAGUCAACAAAACAAUGACACAGAUAGUGAUAAAAUAAAACAGUUACAAAAAGAUACCAAAAAGGACAAACCUUAUGAUGAUACUCAAACUGGGAAUAACAGUAGUUUUAGUAAAGAUAAAAUGUACCAAAUAAUAAAUACUAUGGCGACAUUGGACUUGACCCCGAUGAAAUCUAGAUCAGGGAAACAAAGUUACAACGUCGAUUGUGAAGCGGAAGAUUUGGGUAUAUACAUGCGGCCUAUUAAUGCAUCGUUAUCUACAUGCGACCAACUUCCUGACCACACAACGCACCAGGUAAACGAACAAAACGGACGCAUUGAAGAUGCAAAACCUAGCUUCCGAUCUAAAUCUAUGAGAGUUAAAAGUGAAGGAAGAGCUCCGUUACGGUCUUAUCUCGACGUCGUUCAACCUGAUAACAGACUUCAAAAUGGUGUAACUGUCACUCAACCAAAGCGUAACUUGUCGCCGAGUGAACAGUUGACGAUGAUGCAGUACGAAAUGUACAAAGGAAGUCAGCAACCACCCACUACACUGAACAGUAACGGAUUUCACCCUACUGAUUUGGGAAAAGAAAGUGACAAUCGGACUACAAGCAGAUGUGUGCCACAAGUUAAACGUGAAAAAUUCGGAAAAAUGUACAGUACAGUGAGAGUGAAAAGUGACGAUAGGUAUGAUAGGUAUAAUGACUUAUUAUCGUAUGGGAAAGAGUCUUUUAAGGAAGAGCGAUCUGUAAAUGGAAAUAGUGUUUAUAAUAGAAGCAAUAAAAGUUCGUCUAGUGGUUCAGACUCGGAUUUUUCAAUACCACGACCAAAGUUAAUAGUGCCGGUGCAUACGUAUGGGAUGCGAAAACGUAGGACCGGAAAUCUUUGUCAGCGUGAUAGUAAUGCUACUGAAUCAUCCUUGGAUGCUGGAGUCUUGCUUGAUGUCACCAAGUUGGAAGACAUUGAUGAUAAAACCGCUGAGAAACAACUUAAAAAUGGAGUGCCAGAGGGCCGAGUGGAAGUUUCAAGGGAGAACAAAUACCUCAGCACAAUGGCACCAGGCAAAGUGUUUGGGGAACUGGCUAUACUCUACAACUGCAAGAGGACGGCCACUAUCAAAGCCGCCACUGACUGCCGACUCUGGGCCAUAGAACGACAGUGCUUCCAGACCAUUAUGAUGAGGACUGGACUCAUCAGACAGGCGGAGUACACUGACUUCCUGAAGAGUGUCCCGAUCUUCAAAGAUCUACCUGAAGACACCCUCAUCAAGAUCUCCGACGUUCUAGAAGAGACGCAUUACCAGAGCGGCGACUACAUCAUUAGACAAGGUGCCCGGGGUGAUACCUUCUUCAUCAUAUCCAAAGGAGAGGUAAAAGUGACCCAGAAGCCGCCUAACAGUAACGAUGAGAAAUUUAUCAGAACGCUCACAAAAGGAGACUUCUUCGGCGAGAAGGCGUUACAAGGAGAUGAUUUACGUACAGCGAACAUAAUCUGUGAUUCGCCAGAAGGCUGUACGUGCCUCGUGAUAGACAGAGAGACCUUCAAUCAGCUGAUAUCUACCUUGGACGAGAUUCGCACGAAGUAUAAGGAUGAAGGCGAGAGUAGACAACGAUUAAACGAAGAAUUUGCCAAUCUACGUCUCUCAGAUCUUCGCAUCAUAGCAACGCUUGGUAUAGGUGGCUUCGGCAGGGUGGAGUUGGUGCAAAUUCAAGGAGAUUCCAGCAGGUCUUUCGCUCUGAAGCAAAUGAAGAAAGCCCAGAUCGUUGAAACGAGACAACAACAGCAUAUUAUGUCAGAGAAGGAGAUUAUGUCCGAGAUGAACUGCGAAUUUAUAGUAAAGUUAUAUAAGACGUUCAAAGAUCGUAAAUACUUGUACAUGCUGAUGGAAACUUGCCUCGGGGGAGAGUUAUGGACUAUAUUGAGAGAUAAAGGUCAGUUUGACGAUGCCACUACUAGAUUCUACACAGCCUGUGUUGUAGAAGCUUUCCAUUAUCUGCAUUCUAGAAAUAUUAUUUACAGGGAUCUCAAACCAGAGAAUUUGCUGUUAGACUCGAAAGGCUACGUGAAGCUAGUGGACUUCGGCUUCUCCAAGAAGCUGCAGGCCAGCCGCAAGACCUGGACCUUCUGCGGCACUCCAGAGUAUGUUGCGCCCGAGGUCAUCAUGAACCGGGGUCAUGAUAUUAGCGCGGACUAUUGGUCCUUAGGUGUACUUAUGUUUGAACUCCUCACUGGUUCGCCGCCGUUCACGGGAGCCGAUCCCAUGAAGAUCUACAACAAGAUUCUGAAGGGAAUAGACGCAGUGGAGUUCCCCAGGUCCAUCACGAGGAACGCCGCCAAUCUCAUCAAGAAGCUGUGCCGCGACAAUCCUGCCGAACGGCUCGGCUACCAGAGGGGCGGUAUCACUGAAAUACAGAAGCACAAAUGGUUCGACGGCUUCAACUGGGAGGGCCUAGCGCAGCGUACUCUGGACCCACCAAUCACGCCGACCGUGAGGUCCGCCAUUGACACUCACAACUUCGACCAAUACCCGCCAGAUUCCGACGAUCCCCCACCAGACGAUCUCUCUGGUUGGGACGCUACAUUUUAAAUUUAACUACACGCCACCACGAGGCGUUCUAAAUUUGAAAAACCAAAAUUGUAUGGAUUCAUUACGUUCCAAAUUUUCAUAUUCAGUUUGUAUACACAAACGGGAGAAAAGAUGUGAAGGUACUUAUUUCUAUCUCAUCUUAGUGUGACCCUGGUGCUCCCUUAGACGUUAUGUUUCGGAAUUCCGGGUCCUCACGAAGGCAAAAAUCUUUGAGGUACCUAUUACGUCUCUUGAAAAGGUACGAAAAUAUAAUUUUCUCAACUUUUACUUUUUGGCUGUCAAUGAAAACAAUACCAGCAAUAUUUCGGUUAAAACAAAAUAGGUUGCAGCCCCGACUCUUGAUUCUUAGUACAGGGGAAAUCCUCUGUGUAAUUUCUAAAAUAUUAAUAAAACUUAAUUACAUAAAAAGUAUAAUUCAAUGACAUGAACUUACUAAAGUAGGUAUACUUGUACAGCGUCUUUUAAUUAAUCCAUACUCGAGCGAGCUCCCUACGUUUGCGAGCUUAUCUAUUUUUCUUUACAGUGUUUAUGUCACAUUUUAUAUGGUUGAGAAAGUAAUACAUAACAAGUUAUGUAUAAUUUGACUUGAAAGAAAAUUUAAGAAUAUGAAAUGGUAGGUAAAAGUGCCUAAUAAAGUUAACUAUUCGAAUAUAAUGCUUAAAAUGGCAUUUGUAUGAAAGUAGCAUGUAAUUUUGUAUUAUACAAUGAUUUAAGAGUUACUGAACAGAUCUUACCUUAAAUAUUUAUUUUAAUGGCUUGCCAAUUACGUAAUCUUCAUUAUAUUGACAUAACAAUCAUGUUAAUUAGUUUAAUUUAUUACUUAAGUGAUACUUUGGUGUUCAGCAGAAGGUAAAUUUUUGCAACAAUUUACUUUGAUAUUUGACGAAGUUUAUGGGUAGAUAUAAAGUAAAAUUAAGUCCCUAAGGUAUGGUCAAAUAAAGACAUAAUUUACGCCAAGGUUUAAUUCAAUAUACAUAUUAAAAAAUUUCAUUGUUAAAAUGAGUGAUGUCAAAGUUAAGAAGUACUUUUAUAAAAUAAAAAUGGUUCGAUAGAAACCCAAAACCCAACUUUUCCAGCAUAUUUAUUUCAAUAAAUUGUUAUCAAUGUGUUUUUCAAUUAUAUUAACUUUCAGCUUUUUAAAUAUAAAUUUCUUUAAAAAGUUUUGCAAUUUUUCGUGUAUAAAGUAGUAUAGUAGUUAAAGUCCCAGGUUCAUCAAAUUACAAUGGAUAUAAAAACUUUUAUAAAAUAAAUCUGUUAAAGUACCUAUAACAUAUAACCCCACUCUCGUUUUAUUUAAGUACUUUUCUUAAUUAAGAAAAAUUGUAUUGACACCAUUACAUCCCCAAUCCAUAAUCUAAAAAACCAAAAGGAAUGGGAAAAAUAUUUAUCCGAUUAAAGUUUAUACCAUAAUUUCUUAGUGUAAGUGUAAAUGAAUAUGCGACAAGAUUCUUAAAGUUAAAAUUUACUUUAUCACAUUUCGGUGGGGAGAUGAAGGAGUUGGAUGAUUUUUUUGCGGUAAAUUUAUAUUUACUUUCUUUACUUUCAUUGAAAAUGUCCUCUAUUCAUACUUAAUGUGUUAAAUGUAAUACAAUUUCAUAAAAUGUAAUGGGAACAAAUGCAAUGUCUCUUUAAAAUGUAGUUUGUAUAGAUUAUUCAUGAAAGUAUGAUAUUUUUUCAUCAGAUCAACUACCUAAAUUUCUAUGGCCAAAUUAUGAAAUUAGGUUAAGAUAAUAUAUAAUGGUGGCCAAAUUCAUACGUUACCAAUGUAUUUAACAUACCUUAGUUGUUCCAUUUUCAAACAUUUGUUUAUAUUUUACAAUAAUUCAUUUCUCUAAAAUAAUUAAAAUAAAAUUUACCUAAAUAAAAAAAAUAUUAUUGGUGCAAUAUGAAACGAAAUUUUGAAAUUCGAAUGGAUUUCAAAGUGAGUUUGCGUUUUAAAACGAAAUAAAUAUUCAUUCAUUAAUUUAGCGUAGGAGAAUUGUAAAGCUAACAGAAAAUAUUUGAAGUACUUCUCACAAAUUAUUUUAGUUUGUCAUGUGCUAAAUAUCAAAAGGUUCUAAAUGGUAGCUAUAUUCUUAACAUGACAUAAUUUAAGAGUCAAUUUAAAAUCGGAAUAAUUAAUUGUAAAUAUUCUUUUAGCGUAAUAUUUUUUGAAUUAACUUAAGUAAAAUUGUAUGAACUAAUUGUAUCGAAGGCAAAAUGUGUAAAGGAGUGUGUAAUUAAUUAUACAUAUUAUGUGUAGCCGUUUAAAUAGGGACAGUUAUUUUUGUAACCUUAGUUUUAUUGAAUGAAUAUUUUAUUAAUUUGAAAAAUGUAAAAAUACAUUAUUUCAAUUGCAUACUUA